CUGAAGAACACGGCGAGGAUAGCUGCUACUCAUCAUGGCUUCCUAUUUCGCCCUCGGCUGUUUCCUGUUGGCUAGCAUUGGCAUCAGCUCCGGUACAUUCGGUGGACAUGAACACGUUCACAUCCGAGUUCACAUACCAGACGACCACCAUUCAUCGAAAGAAGUAGUCGUUCAUGAUCACCACGAUGACCACGGCGGUGGUGGUGGCGGUGGCUUCGCUGAACACCUUCAUGGCGGUUUCGUUGAUCACUUGAAAGGUCAUGACCACGGACACGGCGGCGGUGGAUUUGGCGGUGGAUUUGGUGGAGGCUUUGGAGGCCACGAUGUAGGUGGCGGCCAUGGAUACGAUUUGGGAGGUGGUCAUGAUAGCGGCCAUGGAGGAUUCGGUGGCGGACACGGUCAUGACAUAGGAGGUGGCCACGGAGGAUACGAUCUGGGCGGUCACGGCGGAGGAUUCGGCGGUGGACAUGAUAUCGGUGGUCACGGAGGCGGAUUUGGCGGUGGUCAUGAUAUUGGAGGACACAGUGGUGGAUUCGGAGGUGGUCAUGGAGGUGGUCACGAUAUCGGCGGUGGAUACGGAGGUGGUUUUGGCGGCGGUCACGGAGGCGGUCAUGAUAUCGGCGGUGGUUUUGGCGGUGGUCACGGAGGCGGUCAUGAUAUCGGCGGCGGGUUUGGCGGUGGUCACGGAGGCGGUCACGACAUCGGUGGUGGAUUUGGAGGUGGCCACGGAGGUGGGCAUGAUAUCGGCGGCGGGUUCGGCGGUGGUCACGAUAUCGGUGGUGGAUUCGGAGGUGGUCACGGCGGUGGAUUUGGAGGAGGCCACAGUAGCGGUCACGAUCUAGGUGGUUACGGAGGCAGUUUCGGCGGGGGUCACGGAGGUGGUGAUCUAGGCGGCCAUGGUGGUAGUUUUGGCGGUGGUCACGAUAUAGGGGGUGACCAUGGUAGUUUCGACCUAGGCGGCCACGGAGGCGGUGGCCAUGGAGGAUUCAGCGCUAGCAUUGGCGGCCAUGGAGGUUUUGGUGGAGACCACGGUCACGGCGGCGGUUUCAGCGGCGGUAACAGCUUAGACAUCGGUGGCGGCGGAUACGGUCACGAUGAUCAUGGGAGCAGUUACUCCAGCCAUGGUUCCGGUCACGACAGUUACACAGUCGCAUUAGCUGGUAGCCAUGGCUCCGGCGGUCUGGGCGACUUUGGUGGUCAUGACAGUUAUUCAAGCGGAGGUGGUGGCCACGGAGGAGAUAGCUACAGCGUCGGCCACAGUUCUGGUGGCUUCAGCCACGGUGACUACAGUAUAGGCGCUGGUGGUGGUCACGGAGGUGGCAUUGGAGGAGGCGACUUUGGCGGUCAUGGCCACAGCUCUGGAGGUCACAGUUUCGGAGACAGCUACACGAACGCUAUCAGCGCAGGCCACGGAGGCGGUCCGUACCACAAGAGAAAAUAAUUUCUAAAUCCACUAAGUCAUAGCUUCCCUGAAGCCUACCCAGUAUUAAGGACUGAUGUCAAUGUAAAUAUAAAUAGGUUUAGAAAUAAGUUAUUGUUAUGUUAUGUUUGGGAGUAAAUUGUUAUUAUUAUUAA